CGGACGUUAUUCCAUCGACGCAUCACAAAACUGCCGUCAUGAUGAAAAUCGCCCUGUUCGCUCUAUUCGUUGCCUUGACUGCAGCAGGUCCUGUUGCCGAUCCUUGCUGCACCCCCGACCAAUGGGAAGGCAUUGCUGGCAGCAUCGUGGGAUCUGUGACCAACGGGAAGAGCACCUCAGCUCAGUCAACGACUUUAAUGUCCUACGACUUCACCGACAUGAUGCUAGCUUCUGACACCACCACCAUGGUUGACGGCAUGACCUUCAAGAACAAGACAAUCAUCGACUACAACAAGAAACUGAUGUAUAACUUCAACGAGAUGUCGGGCGUCUGUGACGUGAUGGAGUUUGACCAACCCUUCCAGAAGGCCUGCGUCCCAGAUAAUGCAAAAGAGCUCGGUAAUUUUUACUAUGGCGCCGGUGACAACAUGCUGCAGGCAACCUCAUACAUGAUCCAACAAGAUCCUUUCACAGCCUACGUCUCCAUGACCACAACAGGCUGCAUCCCAAUCACCGAGAUCGCCUACGGUGAUCUCGGCACAACCGCCGUAAUGACCACCACUGGGUUUGUAAACAUCACUCCUGGAAUCAAAGAUAAAUCUGUCUUCACCCCACCAUCGGCCUGUGCUCAGGCCAAAGUGCAAGACGCCAAGAAGAGUACUACACGUGGCAUGCUUGGCCUCCAUGUUUAGUUAUUUUCCUCGGAUUAACAUGUCUCGCCACGCUGCCCUAUGUGGUACGGAACCACGCGAGAGAACUAGCAACUCUGUUUCAACUUUAGAUCAAUAAAAAAAGUCACAAGCUGAACAAUUCCGCCGUGAUCCGAUGUU